AUGAAUCGCCAAAAGCGACCCGGCGGCCGCGGUGGAUCGCGCCCCUCCAACUCACGCGUGCCUCCCUCGAGAUCGAUCAGCCACGGUACACUCGUCAACAUUAUACUCAAAGCCGACCAGCCUACAGGGCGCACAGUAUCAGGCACAGUUGACGAACUGCUCACACGAGGAGACCAUCCGCGGGGUGUCAAAGUGCGACUUACUGACGGGCGCGUCGGAAGGGUACAGAGCCUACGUAGCGCUGACGAGCCAACCGACUCAACGCAAGAUGAAGCCGAAGGAAGGGAAGAGGGUAUACAGUUAAAAACAGAGGGAGGCGAUAUGACGGGUGGACGAUACAAUCAUUUUACUGCGCGUGAUAUGCGUCUUGACGGUCCCGAAGAGCCUUCAUCGGAACCCCUUGGGCUAGACAUGUAUAUACGACCUCCCAAGGGAAAGAAGCGAGGUGGAAAGACACGGACGGAGCAGAAUUCGAAUGAGAGGGACAACGGUAUGUUAGACACAACCGCCAUCCCUCAGGCAACAACAGAAACUGCGUCAUGUCCCGUGUGCGGUGUCUUUGAAGGCGACGAAGCCGCUGUAGCACAUCAUGUUGCACGGCAUUUUGAAGAGUGA